AUGGAGGAUCUGGAGCAGCCUGACGGUCCACCAUCGACAUACGCAGGUCCAGAGCCGCAAGGCAACGACGAUCCGCAAGAUCCUCUGCGCCCAGACAUUGAGGAAGAGAACGGGGCGGUAGGCACGCCGCCCAUGGCAGACCCAUACGCCGACAUGGAGACGCGCGAGGACGACGAGCAUCCAGCGACCCCAAACGGCAGCAAGGACGACGAGGCUGAGAACGCAGACGGCAAUCCCGAUAACACAGGCGCAGCCGCUGAAGACGACGACGAUCUCGAAUCUGAACUCGAGGAGCUCGAUGACAAAGAGUUUGAGAACUUCGACCCUUCAGCGCUGAAUAUUCCGGACAAGCCUAUUGAUGUGGAUGAGAGCAACGUCGGUCUUCUGGGUGUGCAUAAGCGGAAGCGUACGGACGAGGAGCAAGCAGAGUACGAUGCGCGGAAGAAGAAGCGGAAGGAAAAGAAGAGUAGGCGCCGACGGGGCGGCGAUGAAGAUGACUUUGAGGGUGGAGAGGAAGUUGAUGGGAAGAGGAGCAGGAAGAGCAAGGCGGGAGCUGAUGGACGCAAGUCCAAGGCCGGUCGGGCGAGAACGCCUGAAGAUGAGGAGAAUCUCUCUCCGGAAGAGCGUGAGUACACCGAUCCUGAUGAAAGUGAUCUUCCGAGGUGUGAUACUAAUCGCUAUGCACAGGCCGCCGCCGUGCGCUCGACCGCAAAAUGGACGAGGCACUCAAGACGAACCGUGUCUCCCGUCGUAAAGCUGCGCAGGACGCCGAAGAGCGCGCCGAUGCUGAGAUUGAAACCAUGCGCUCCCGCAUAAUACAGGCCUGCCAAAAGGACCAAGAAGCACGCGCACGGGGCGAAGUCGCAACCGCCAAAAUUGAAGUCCUCCCCGCCGUCGUUGAACUCAUGAACCGCAACACCAUACAAUCGCAACUGGUCGACCCCGAAGUCAACAUGCUUGAAGCUAUCCGUUUCAUGCUCGAACCAGCAGACCAGGACGCUGCUCUUCCCAACUACCAGAUCCAGCGCGAACUUUUCGCAAUCCUCGGCCGGUUGAACAUGAGCAAGGAGACCUUGAUAUCGUCAGGCAUCGGCAAGAUCGUUCUCUUCUACACCAAGUCCACACAACCACAACCCGACAUCAAGCGCCAGGCCGAGCGUCUGACGGGAGAAUGGAUGCGCGUCAUCCUCAACAAGAGCAAGGAUCGUCGCAAUCUGCACAUCCAACAGCGUCAAUACGACCCUCUCGUGGCCCAAGCCAGCCAGCGCUCCGCUGCUUCUUCACAAGCGAAUCGCGCUGCGAUUGCUGCUGCUGAGAGACGUAAGAGAGACGCGGGUACUGGUCCCACCAAUCGGGCCAGGGUUGAAGGUGGCGUUGGUACUUACACGAUUGCGCCGGUGAGCAAUUUGAGUAAUGCCCAGGGCGUGAGUGCGAGAAAGUUGGGAGCCAGCGGCGAGGAGGCCUUCAGAAAGAUGCAGGCGAGAAGUCAGAUGAAGAAGCAGAGAUAA